GAAAUUAUAUUUGCCUAAAUUCACUAUUCUAUUGCAUGAAUGAAAAUGUGGAAAAGGAUGGUCCAAAUGUUAUAAGUGAAGAACUUUUUUGGAUCCAAGCUCGUAAAUUAGCACUUGGGGCUAUUGAAGAUACAGAAAGUGGCAGGAAACAAGAAACCUUUUUAGAAAAAGGUCUUAGAAAGUUUCGUGAAAAUCCAUUUGUACCUAUAGGAGCAAUUGUUACAGCUUAUGUUUUGAGCAAAGGUGUACUUGGUAUACGUAAAGGUUCCUAUCAAUCUUCCCAAUUCUGGAUGAGAUCAAGAAUAUAUGCACAAGGAUUUACAAUUAUAGCAUUAGCCAUUGGUGCUUAUGUGCAAGAGAGAAAAUUAGCAAAAACCAUUGAUAACAAAAAUGAUUUAGACAAUAAAUCAAAUAAAACUCAAUAAGGAUCUAAUUAAAAAUUAUAAUUAAUGUGAAGAAUGAACUUCUAUUAUAUAAAUUAAAUUUGCCUAUAAUCAUGAGAAUACA